GAAACGAAGCAAAGUGAAAAGAAGAGGCGAGUGAUAUAGAAAUGGGGAGGAAGAAGGGAGUAGUAGAGUUCGAAGAAACGGCGCCGGAUGACUUCGAUCCGGCCAAUCCGUACAAAGACCCGGUGGCCAUGCUGGAAAUGAGGGAGUACAUUGUUCGAGAGAAAUGGAUCGACAUUGAGAAAGCCAAGAUCCUCCGUGACAAGGUCAGGUGGUGUUACCGCAUCGAAGGAGUCAACCAUCUCCAGAAGUGCCGCCACCUCGUCCGCCAAUACCUCGACGCCACGCGCGGCAUCGGUUGGGGCAAGGAUGGCCGCCAUCCCUCACUCCACGGUCCGAAGGUUGAAGAGAUUGAGUCAGAAUGAAUGGCUUCAUUCGAUUACAGUGGAAUCUGUACAAAGAGAAGCUUAAAACAAUUUAACUAAAUCAGGUUGCCAAUUGUGCUUAUGAUAGGAAAUUAUAGGAAGUUGGUGGACAAAACUAUGAGAUUAUAUAGCAGAAGUGUGUGGAAAAAGAAUUAUUUAAGGCUUUAAGUGGGUAGGAAGACUCUUCAAAAUCAUAAAAAAUUUAGUUGUUUGCAUGUUCUUAGUUAUGUCUAUGAAAAUUUGGAACAUUGUUUUUCAUUCGCUUAAACAUUAAUAUUCGAGGUUUAUUUAAUUAUUUAUUUCAGGGGUAAGUUGAGUAGGAGCUUAAGGAUUUGUCAGGUUUGUGUAAAUUGAUCUUAACUAAUCUGUUGAGUGUCAGGUGAUUAGGAAUCUUUUAUCCUCUUGCGAUAGGCCUUAUUAGCUUACGAUUGUAAGGCCAGUGAACCAGUUAAGC